UUCUGAUCGCCCGACGUCACACCUGAGCGUGGGCUUUUGACAAUAAUCAGCAAUAAAGAAGGAGUGAAAAUGGAAAGUUGGCUGCAAGAAAAUUUAUCUGGAUUACUAGACUUUCCAGUCCCAACUGAUUUAACAUCGUAUAUCUUACAAAUGCAAAAUGCAAGAGACUUGGACGAGUACCUCAAAACUUUGCUCAACUACGAUAACCCAAGGCACAGGCAGUUUGUUUCGGAAUUGAAAAAACGUCAAGCUGCGAAUAACGAUCUUAUGGGAUAUAAGAAAUCGAGCAUAUUGGAAACUUCAAUCAAUCAAAAGCAAAAUGAGAAGAAGAAAGGAAAAUCAAAAGGGUCGAAUCAACAGACACAGAUGCAGGAGAAUAUCAAGCCAGAAAGGGUUGAGAAGAAAAAAACAAAAUUCGUCAAUCUCUAUUCACAAGAAGGUCGAGAUAGAGAAACGAUAAUGUUAAAAGGUAGACAUAAGUGUAAUUGCGAGGCUAAAAAACACAGCUUAAUAAAUAACUGCAUCAGUUGCGGAAGAAUAGUCUGCAUCCAAGAAGGGGCGGGACCCUGUUUCUGUUGUGGAGAUCUUGUCUGCUCGCCUGAACAGCAAGCACUUAUUUCAACUAAUAGCAGACAGGCUGAUAAUCUUUACAACAAACUGAUGGAUCGGAAGCCACCCAAGGAUGUUGAGGAAUCCCUUAAACACAGAAACAAACUACUUGAAUAUGAUCGUAACAGUGCGCGGAGAACAGAAGUCAUUGACGAUGAAUGUGACUACUACCAGACAAAUAGUGUGUGGCUUUCAAAUUCUGAACGAGAAAAAUUGGAGAAAUACGAAAGUGAUGUAAGGGCUAAAAAGUAUGGGUCACGUUUGAAUAGAAAAGUCACUCUUGACUUUGCUGGUAGAGAAGUAAUCGAUGAUGCUGCCUUUAUAGAUGAAGCGAAUGAUCAAGUCUUGCGCAGUAUCACUGAAUUUAGGCCUGGUAGUACUACUAUGUCUAGUAACGCAUGUCCAACCAUGGAAUUCAAUCAACCAUCGUAUGUAGAUGUUGGAAUAUUGGAUUCAAAGAGAUCAAAGAACCUAAAUUCUACUUCAUUUGGCCACAAUCGAAUUCAGGACAAGGAGUUUUUGGAAAUGGUCGACGAAGGCUUAUGUCUGAGCAUGCAUCAACCUUACGCGUCUCUUCUUGUCUCUGGAAUCAAGACUCACGAAGGCAGAACAUGGUAUUCAGCACAUAGAGGCAGAUUGUGGAUAGCAGCAGCUUCGAAAGUCCCGUCGACAGAAGAAAUUACAACGCUAGAGAAUAGAUAUCGCGUUUUAAAAAAUGAAAACAUCAAGUUUCCCACAAAUUAUCCAACUGGAUGCUUACUAGGCUGUGUCACAGUAGUCGAUGUUCUCUCUGAAGAGGAUUACCGUAAACAAUAUCCCGACGGUGAUAGCGAGAGUCCGUAUAUAUUCAUAUGUGAAGACUGUCACGAAUUGCCAAUAAGAUUUCCCAUGCAAGGCAAACACAAAAUAUACAAAUUGGAUAGCAAAAUACACCAGGCCGCAGUUAAGUCUUUGCAGAGGAAAAUGAAGCUUCAAGCUGGAACCUAAUUUUCAAAUAGCUACUGUAAAACGCUCAAAACUAUUGAGAUAGCUAAGGAAAAAUAAUGGGCGUUGUAUUUAAUAUUCCCUACGAGCUUACUUGAGGACAUCCCACCAAUGCUUAAUGUCAAGGUACUUCUCAUGAUUUUAAUCAAGAGUUUAUCAGAUAUUAAAGAAAUUCAUUAAUGAUAUCAUUUGUUUCAAAGGGUUGUAAGAACUUAUACUAUAUAGGUGAUCACACUUAUUAAAAAUAAUUAAACAAAUAAAAAUAAAAACAGUGUGCUUACUGAAUAUCUGAUAUUAUUAAAAUUCCAAUAAGUUUUGAAGACUUGGUUAGUAAAAAUACAUAUUUUAUUAUUGUACAAGUCCUAUUAUUACAACAUAUGUUUCAUAACUCACAAAUAUUCGUUAUACUAUUCAAUGCAAAUGCAGAAAAUCGCCUAAAAAGAUUUAACGAAUACAUAAUCGAUAUAAAUCUUGUGAUAAAUUUUAAAUAUUUUUUUGUUAACAUUGAACGUAUAGCCUUAGCUAAAGUAUACAUACGUAUCGUCACAUAAAAUUUGAAACCUUUGCAACAGAUCAGUUAGUUCCAUUCUCAUUGACUUCAAUCCACUAUUAAGAUCCGUACAUUUUUAAAUAAUUUUGUGCUUAGUGGACUACUUUUAGUCGAAAGGAUUAAAUUUAAAUUCGUCAAGCAAUCUAUUUGGCUAUACAAUAUUUUGAAAUCGCAGACACUAGUGUCAUUUUCAGUUUUAUUUUUCAACAAUCUUGCUUUGGAUUGCUUAAUAUCCAUAUUUGGUUAAAUUUUCUUAUGAAUUAUAUGACUAUGUUUUGAAAUGAAGUUUAUAAAUACAACA